AUGUUGGUCUUGGCUCCCUUUAUUUCCUUGGUGGCUGCGGUCGCGGCGUUGCAAAACCCGCAUCUCAAGGCUGCUUCGUUCAGACGGCCUGCAGAUGCUCUGCGCAAAAGAGAGGUUUCCGCUGCUCCGACUGAGCAUAAGUACCUGAACGAGAAGACGCAAAAAUUCCAAGUGAACGGAACUCACUUCCCACAAGUCCCCUUUGACAUCGGCGAAAGCUAUGCCGGACUUUUGGAGAAUACCCCUCAUGGAAAAUCGAGCUUGUUCUUCUGGUUCUUCCCAUCUACCAACCCAGCUGCGGAAAAGGAGAUCACCAUCUGGCUGAAUGGAGGCCCCGGAUGCAGCUCACUUGACGGUCUGCUGCAAGAGAACGGCCCCUUCCUGUGGCAAUCUGGAGUCUAUGAGCCUGUGCGCAACCCGUACGCAUGGAACAAAUUGACAAAUCUGGUUUACAUCGACCAGCCUGCUAGCACUGGCUUUUCUCCCGGCCCAGCCGAUGUUGAAAAUGAGAUCGAAAUCUCAAACCAAUUCAAUGACUUCUGGGUGCGCUUUAUUGAAACCUUCAGCAUGGAAGGCUAUAAAAUUUAUCUCACUGGAGAAAGCUAUGCUGGCCAAUACAUCCCGUAUCUGGCAGAUGGGAUGUUGAAGCGCAACGACACCAAAAACUUCAACCUCAAGGGUAUUCAAAUCAACGACCCGUCCAUCAACGAUGAUUCCGUUAUGAUCUAUGCCCCUGCCGUGGCAGCACUGAACCACUUCUCCAACGUCUUCGCCCUUAACGAAACCUUCAUGAAAGAAAUUAACCACCGCGACGACAAAUGCGGCUACACCAAAUUCCUUAACGAAGCUCUCACCUACCCCCCACCAAAGCAUUUCCCCACAGCACCGGACCCCAACAAGCCCGGCUGCGACGUCUGGGACGAUAUCAUUACAGCAGCAACCUACAUCAACCCCUGCUUCAACAUCUACCACCUAACAGACUUCUGUCCCUUCCUCUGGGAUGAAAUGGGCUUCCCAUCACUAGCCGGCGGACCCAACAACUACUUCAACAGCUCCGCUGUCCAAAAAGCCCUCAAUGUCCCGCCGACAAACUACGAAGUCUGCGGCGGUGAUAUCUUCACCAACGGCGAUCUUUCACUUCCUAGCGCGCUCGGCCCGCUUCCCAGCGUGAUUGAGCGCACCAACAAUGUCCUCAUAGGCCAUGGAUGGUUCGAUUACCUGCUCUUCGCUAAUGGAACACUUGCGACGAUUCAGAAUAUGACUUGGAAUGGUGCGCAGGGUUUCCAGAAACCACCUACUGGACCCCUGUUCGUGCCGUAUACAUCUGCGCUGGAUAAACUUGCGAAUGGAGAUCAGACUACGCCUUGGAGUAAUGCUGCCGGUGGUGGUAUUCUUGGAACAGCGCAUACUGAGCGUGGUCUGACCUUCAGCUCGGUUUACAAUUCUGGUCAUGAGAUCCCGCAGUACAGCCCCGGUGCGGCUUAUAGGCAGUUGGAGUUCUUGCUUGGCAGGAUUAAGAAUCUUCAGCAGGAGGGAUCUUAUACGGCUUUGUAG